AUGGGCUGUCAUUUAGGAAGAGAUGGCGAUUAUGCUGGUAAAGAAGAAGAAGAAAUUAUAAAAAGAGCUGAAGACACUUUAGGAUUUACAAAUUUAGAAUCAAAAGAGCUAGAUCGAACUUUCCAUCGAUUUUCAACAGAUUUUAAGAUGACUGACAACCAAUUUUUCACAAGCUUAGAAGACAUAAACGUCGAUACUAAGCCAAUUAGAACCUAUGAUGCAGCCUCACCAAUCUGCAAAUUCUAUGAUGAAUUUAAAGAUGAAGAAAAUUUUUUUCAUGCACAAAGGCUUACAUGUCUCGGCAUUUUGCUAGGAAAUGGAGCUGUUGCUGAUAAAGCACUUGUGCUGUUUGAAAACUAUGAUAUGGACACUUCUAAAAGUAUCAGCCAACAAGAGUUUUUAUGCCUUCUUAAAGAUCUCGUCAAUAUAAGCUUAGUUUGGCUUCCUAAAUAUGCGAUGGAAUUAUGCCAAGGGGAUGAGAAAAUGAAGCUUCAGCAAUAUAUAGAAAAAUUAGCGAAUAUUAAAGAUACGCUCGUCGUUUAUCUUUCUCAGCGUGUUAAUGAAAUUGAUGAUGAGGAGCUAUCGAAACCUUUGUUUUUGGUAUCUUUUAAAGAUGAAGAAGUCAAAAGCUUACUUCAGUCUCACAGCCUGAGGAAACUUGCAUUGGAAAAAUAUAAUGAUUUAAUAGCCCCAGCGACACUUGUGAGAGCUUAUAUGAGGGAUGAGCAUAAAUUUAAUGAGAGAAUGAAAGAUCCGCUGUUUAGAGAUAUGCUGGAAGACAAGCUAAUUAGUGAAAAUAUGGGCGAACUUGAAAAAGAAGCUGAAAGAAAGAAAUAA